GAUAUUGUGCCAAACCGAGCCUUAGAUUUGGGUUUAUCGGGCGUGGAUCAUCCAAGCGGUCAAAAGACACAUCCGGCACCUUCAAAUCAACCGACCAGUCAGUAAAAACUUUCAAACAAGCACAAGAACAACAUCAUCAUCAUCAAUUGAGAAGUUGAUUUUCCUCCCAAAAAGAUCAGAACAUUUUCCAAACUACAGAAUCAAUGGAAGAAGAAAUGUGCAUUAAUUGCCUGAAAAAUCGAAUUCAAUCAGAUUUUUCCGACGAAUUAUUCUUCUCUUACGCCAUCUCCGAUUCCGCUCUUCCCUUUGCUUCUAGGGCUGUUGUUCAAAUGACGAAUUCAAAUGGGGAGGUAUCUUCUGAGUUUGUGUUGGCAUACUUACCUCGGCAGCAAGAUGACUGCAUCACUAAAUACGUGGAUGAUCAUAUAUCGGAUGAUGAAGAAUACAUUGAAAAUUACAGGAACAUUUACCAAAGUAAAAACAAAGAAGUCAGGGAUGACAACUGUUUUUCGUCCCCGUCUGCGUGUAAUUUGUCCAGCCCUUUGUUGAAGGGUGGAAUGAAGACUGGAAUCUGCAGUCUUUAUGAUGUGAAUUCUUCCUGUUUCUAUUCUGGUAGGUUAUCUUGCUUAAGAACUAUUACUGCACUUGCACCAUGCGCUUUUGUCGGAAAUUGCACCUCCUCUGCAUUUGAGAAAAUUCUUUCCAAUUUUUCAUCUGGGUUGUUGGAAGAUGAUAUAUUGUGUUCUCUCAGUGUGAUGAUCGAAGGUAAAGCAACAUGCCGUGCUAGUCAAAAUUUUCUUAGCUUACUUGGAAUCCCUUCAUUUCAUGAUGAUCAAGUCCCUGGAUGCUUGAGGCAUCCAAAUCUGGUACCUGUGCUGGGAAUGCUAAAGGUGCCUGGAUAUACCAGUGUAGUUUACCCCAAGGCUCCUUAUACGCUGGAGAACAUUCUCCAUUACAGUCCUGAAGCAUUAAAUUCUGAGUGGCAUACAAGAUUUAUGAUUUAUCAGUUACUCUCCGCCCUCAGUUACAUCCAUGGUUUAGGGCUUUCCCAUGGAAAUAUUCGUCCCUCUAGGGUGAUGCUGUCUAAUUCUUUAUGGGCCUGGUUAAGCAUAUGUGAUAGACCUCACGUGCAGCAUGUAUCAGGUGAAAAAGAUGAAGAAUCCUUCGCCUCACCCCUCACAGGAAAACGCUGUUCUGCUCAUGAUUGCCUAUCUAGAAGCCUAUUUGUUGAUCUAAAUCUUUCCUCAUCUGUAGAUUGGUCCUCAGACUUCUAUAAGUGGUGGAGGGGAGACCUCAGUAACUUUGAAUAUCUACUUGUCUUAAACAGACUAGCUGGAAGAAGAUGGGGAGACCACACAUUUCAUACAGUAAUGCCGUGGGUAAUAGAUUUCUGUGUUAAGCCUGAUGAACAUUGUGAUGUAGGGUGGAGGGAUUUGAGUAAAAGCAAGUGGCGUCUGGCAAAAGGUGAUGAGCAGCUGGACUUUACAUAUUUAACAUCUGAAAUUCCACAUCAUGUCUCAGAUGAGUGCCUUUCUGAAUUGGCUGUUUGCAGCUACAAAGCAAGGAGGUUACCCCUGAGUGUCCUGCGUUUGGCUGUACGUGCAGUGUAUGAACCUAAUGAGUAUCCUUCCACUAUGCAAAGACUAUAUCAAUGGACUCCUGAUGAGUGCAUUCCGGAAUUCUAUUGUGAUCACCAAAUCUUUUAUUCUCUUCACCCUGGUAUGAGUAAUUUAGCAGUGCCUUCUUGGGCUGGAAGUCCUCAAGAGUUCAUAAAACUUCAUCGAGAUGCACUUGAGAGUGACCGGGUUUCACGCGAAAUUCAUAAUUGGAUUGAUAUUACCUUUGGAUACAAAAUGUCUGGUCAGCCAGCUGUAGCUGCCAAAAACGUCAUGCUGCCUUCAUCUCAGCCCACAAUGCCUAGGCCAAUUGGGCGUCGUCAACUAUUCACUCAACCUCACCCUGUUCGCCGGGGUAAUACUAAUAGAAGUAGAGAUUGCAUUAUUGUUGGGGGGGCUGUCUCUGUGCUCAACGAGAACUUAGUUGAUAGUGAGAAAGCUUCAUUCUAUGAAACUGAUUACUUAAGAAAUAUAGAAGAAGCUGCUGCAUUUUGCCAAUAUUCUAGGCACUUGAGUCCCGUAUAUUCUGAACACGUUGUGAAGAGUUCCCCUGCUGACCGUGAGUCACCUAAUCAGGAUAGUGAUCGUCAUGGAACUAAAGGAACUGACAAAAACUUCAGCUUUUGCAUGUUGCCUAGAGUUGAUUCCAAUAGUCUUCUUGAGUAUCUUGAGGAGGAUGAAAGUUCUAAAGGAUAUCAAGAGUUGCUGCUUUGGGCUCAUCAAUCUUCCCAUCAAAGGAAACUUUCAACAUGUGUUGCAAAGGAUAUAUUUUCUCUGGGCUGUAUUAUUGCUGAAAUGUACUUGAGGAAGCCUCUUUUUGAUUUAGUUUCCUUAUCCACAUAUGUGGACUGUGGUGCUUUGCCUGGAAUGCUGAUAGAACUUCCUCCUCAUGUGAAACUUUUUGUUGAAGCAUGCAUCCAGAGAGAUUGGAGGAGGAGGCCUUCUGCCAAAAGUCUUCUGGAGUCUCCAUUUUUUCCACCAACAGUCAAGUCCGCAUACUUAUUUAUUGCUCCCCUUCAGCUAUUGGCAAAGGAUGGGUCGCGUCUUCGCUAUGCUGCUAACUUUGCGAAGAAAGGGGCCUUGAGAGCCAUGGGAACUUUUGCAGCCGAAAUAUGUGCUGCUUACUGCUUACCUCUACUACAGAACUCUGUAUCAGAUGUUGAGGCUGAGUGGGCUUACAUACUUUUUAAAGAAUUUUUAAGAUGUCUCAAACCCGAAGCGGUCAAGAGACUGGUGUUGCCUUCUAUUCAGAAGAUUUUACAGGCAACAGACUAUUCACAUUUGAAAGUUUCUCUUCUGCAAGAUUCAUUUGUGCGUGAGGUGUGGAACCAUGUUGGGAAGCAAAUAUACCUUGAAACAAUUCAUCCAUUGGUCAUAUCAAACUUGCUUAGUUCUCCACAUAAAAAUUCAGCAUCUGCCGCAUCUGUGCUAUUGACUGGAUCUAGUGAAGAGCUUGGUGUACCUAUUGCUAUUCAGCAGACAAUAUUGCCUCUAAUGGCUUGUUUUGGCAAGGGACUUUGUGCUGAUGGAACUGAUGCUAUAGUUAGAAUUGGUGCUGUUUCGGGUGAGAAUUUUAUUGUCUCACAGAUCGUACCAUUGCUGAAAAAUGUUGUUCGCUCCUGCAUUUCAUCUUCUAUCGAUAAGCCUGAGCCUGUCCAGAGUUGGAACACUUUAGCUCUAAUUGAUUGUCUCUUUGUGUUGGAUGGUUUAGUUGCACUAUUGGAGAAAGAGGUGGUGGUCAAGGAGCUUCUUGAAGGCCAAAGUUGCUUAUUUGUUGUGAUUCUUAUGCGAAGUGACUUUGAACUUACAGUACUUCAGGCUGCUGCUGCUACUCUCAUCACAGUUUGUCAGCAGAUUGGUCCAGAUUUAACAGCUUUGCAUGUCGUACCUCAUCUGAAAGAGCUGUUUGAUGAGCUUGCUUUUUCUCAAGAACUAUCUAGUCUGCCUGCCUCAAUUGGGAAAAACUAUGACAUCUCUAACACCAAAUCAGACAAGGAGACACAAAUUGAAAGCCGCGUGGAUCUAGUGUCGCUUUUGUAUCCUUCUCUUGCAACACUUAUCGGCAUAGAGAAACUGCGGCAAUGUUGUGCUACUUGGCUGCUUCUCGAAAAUUAUCUCCUUAAGCGCCAUAAUUGGAAGUGGGAAUUUACAGGAGAAUCAUCCAGGAAAAGUUCAGGAAACUUGGAUACAAGAAAGGGCAUGAAUGCAGAAAGGGUCAAGUCUAAGUACAACCCAACCAAACUGCUAAUGAAUGGAGUUGGAUGGGCGGUACCACAAUCACAGGGAAGUAAAGGAAGCAAUGAUAUGGUUCUUCAUAAACGCUUUUACGAAGUUCAUCAAAAUUCAGCUGAAAGGGACCUGGAAAUAUCCAAAGUAGGUAAAUGUGAACCAUGGUUCUGGUUCCCUAGUCCUGCUUCUAGUUGGGAAGGGCCAGAUUUUCUUGCCCGUACUGGUAGUUUGAAAGAUGAAAGUCCGUGGAAGAUCAAGGCAUCAAUUGUACACUCUGUCCGUGCUCAUCAUGGAGCACUAAGGUCUUUGGCUGUGGAUCAAGAUGAAUGUACUGUAUUUACUGCAGGAGUCGGUCCUGGUUAUAAGGGAAUGGUUCAAAGGUGGGACUUGUCAACUGUCGAUUGUGUUUCUGGGUACUAUGGGCACGAGGAGGUUGUGAAUGACAUCUGUAUCCUUCCUUUCAGUGGGAGGGUGGCUUCUUGUGACGGGACCAUACAUGUAUGGAAUAGCCAAACAGGAAAAGCAAUUUCAAUAAUUGCUGAAUCAUCUGCAAAUUUGACCCAGUCUUCUGUCCCCUCAUCUUCCACGAUAAGGGUGAACACUGACCAAGCCAGUAUGCUGAACUCAUACCCACCUUCUGGUGGAAUUUUUUCCAGCAUUGAUAGCAGUUUGUAUACCUGCAUGCAUUUCUUGGAAUCUGCAGAAAAGCUAGUAGUUGGUACUGGAAAUGGUUCUCUCAGGUUCAUCGAUCCUGCUGUGGGAGAGAAGCUUCAUUUGUGGAGCAGUGAAUCUGUGGAUUAUGGUUUCCCUUCCCUUGUUUCUGCCAUAUGCUCUUGUGGUUCCGACAAUAUGGAAUUCUCUUCUUCACAUUCUUGGAUUGCAGUGGGACUGGGCUCUGGUAAUUGCAGGCUGCUUGAUGCCAGAAGUGGAAAUGUCAUUGCCUCCUGGCGUGCUCAUGAUGGAUAUGUGACAAAGCUGGCUGCACCAGAGGAUCAUCUUCUUGUUUCCAGCUCUCUGGAUAAAACUUUACGAAUUUGGGACCUCAGAAAGAGUCUGCCACCACAACAUAUUGUCUACAAAGGUCACAGUGAUAGUAUACUGGAUUUCUCUGUUUGGAGCCAAGAUAUAGUUUCAAUUUCUAAAAAUAAAAUUGGACUUUCUUCUCUGUCUGGAACUGUGGAUGAAUAUGGCCAGCAUCGUGUUGUUAGUCAGGCUCUACAUACAGCAGACCGAGGGUUACGAAACAUGUCUGUGUUAUCUAGCAUAGCUAUUCUUCCUUUCUCACGACUUUUUCUUGUCGGAACAGAGGAUGGUCAGCUGAAAAUUUGCUGCUGAAAUGCUGUUAAUGGUUAGUCACUAAUUUUUAUACCCUUUCAGAUCAUUGGCAGUUAAGAGUUACCCUAUGAACGACGAACAUAAUAGUAGAAUUUGCAAAAUAUUACACCAAGACCGAAGGUUGUUUACUUGUUUCCCUAUCCAUUUUGUUGUGUUGUUUUUAGGAGUGGAAGAGAAUGUUAAUUGUUUCAUUAGCAUUCUUGAUGGUAUUUUGUAUAUCAUGCCAGGCGCCAGUUAUAUGUAAAUUAGAAUAGGAUAUAUUUUUAUUUUUUUUGGGAUGAAAAUCACACUAACACUUGUAUGGGCUGUAUCUGUAAUUUUUUCAUUGAAUAUACAAGUUUAUACUAUUGUAUUUGUUUAUUGAGUAAUCAAUAUAAGAAGUAUAUCAUUUAUACGUAUAA